GCUUUCUUUCGGGCUAAAAACAAAACAAAAAAGAAAAAAAAAACCCGAGAAUAUUCCAUAGAACAAUUAGGGUUUACUGUGUAAAGUGCCAUCGACCCGUUGCCGUAUAAAUAGCCCUUCUCCAUCUCUUCACCAAAGUGCCGCGUACUGCUAAUUGCUAAUCCUUAAAUCCUGGUUCAUCAGCAACAUCAAAGAAACGAAAAUGGAGCAGACUUUCAUCAUGAUCAAGCCUGAUGGUGUCCAACGUGGCCUGAUUGGUGAGAUUAUCUGCAGAUUUGAGAAGAAAGGAUUCUCUAUGAAAGCCUUGAAGCUCAUUACUGUGGAUCGCGCCUUUGCUGAGAAGCAUUACGCAGACUUGUCUGCUAAGCCUUUCUUUAAUGGGCUUGUUGAGUAUAUUGUUUCUGGACCUGUUGUUGCAAUGGUCUGGGAGGGUAAGAGUGUAGUUGCCACGGGCAGGAAGAUCAUUGGAGCAACCAACCCCUUGGAGUCCGCUCCUGGUACCAUCCGUGGUGAUUAUAGUAUUGACAUUGGCAGGAAUGUUAUUCAUGGAAGUGAUGCUGUUGAGAGUGCAAGGAAGGAGAUUGCUCUUUGGUUCCCCGAAGGAAUUGCUGAGUGGCAAAGCAGCCUUCACUCUUGGAUCUAUGAGUAGAAAAGUUUUAUGAAUUUAGAACUCUCUUCAGGGUCUGCCUAGUUUUAACUUUUGAGUUUUGUAUGUCAUUUGAGUCCAGAAGUUUGGUAGUUGAGACUUAAUGAUGUUCCUUAUUUCAAGCAUAUUUUAGAUGUCAUAUUUAAUCUUUUGUUUUUGGUGUGUUGCACUUUCAAAUAAGUGAGCUUUCAUCAUUUGUUUGCUUCA